AGAGAGAGAGAGAGAGAGAGAGAGAGGGAGGUCUUAACAGGGAAACAGAGCUUUCCGCCUGGAAAACAGCAUCUUUCCCUCCACUCUGCUCCUCCCCUCUUCCCUCUCGGCAUCUCUCCCACGCUCCAGAGCUAAGCCUUCAGCUCCACGGACCCUCCCAAAUUCUCUCGAGCUGAGGUGGGCGUGUGGAGCCUCUGACCCUCUCUCGCCCACACUCUCUUUCUCCGUCUCUCCCUCUUUGCUGCAGCUACAGGGGGCUAUGGAUGGACUGCGUUUACCUCCACUCAUCGAGGAGGCUUUGGACUCUACAGAUGACCCGUGCGAUCUGAAAGCAGAAAGUAGCCCCACCAUGGACAACGAGAUAACAGCCAAGGAGAGAGGUGUCCUGGAGGAGAACAACGAGAAAGAGGAGAUGGACCAGGAGAGAGCUCAGGAGGAGGAAGGGGAAGAGAAGAAGCUCAAGGAGGAAGAAGGCGAAGGGGAAGAGAAGAGGAAGAAGGAGCAGGAGCCGCUGACGGAGGAGCAGGAGCUGGAGGAGCUGAGGGCCCAGGUGCUGCAGCUGCUGCUGGAGCUGGAGGACGCCAGGGAGACCUCCAACAAACACCAGGAGAGCUUCCACGAGCUGCAAGGUCUGUUGGAGGAUGAGCGUCUGGCCAGUGCCCAUCAGGCUGAAGCCUUCACACGUCAGAUCCAGAAUCUACAAGCCCAGCUGCGCUCUGUGCAGGAGGAGAUGGACAGCCUGGAGGAGGAGAAGGAGAGCGAGCUGGCUGAGGCCCAGGAGGAGCUGCGUGUGGCUCAGGAGGAGGUGCUCCUCCUCCAGCAGGCAGCAGAGGAGGCAGCGGCAGAGAGGGAGAACGACAUCGCCUCGCUGCAGGAGGAGCUGUGUCGCAGGCGGGCCGAGCUCCAGCGCCUCAGUGAGGAGACUCAGGAGUACGAGCUGGAGAUCACCACGCUGAGGGCCGAGAUCAGCAUGAAGAGUCAGCGCAGGGAGGCCGAGAGGAGAGAGGGUGAGGAAUGAGGAGAAUAGAGGGGAGA